GCUCUCUUACUUCUUCUUCAUGCUGUGGAACUGGGCGUCUCACAGAGUGAGCCCCGAGACAGAGAGGCAAGACUCUUUCCUCGACCGCUUCAGAGGCCCCGAGCUCAAAGACAUCUCCAGCCGAGACAGUAAUGCCCAGUCCGUGGGCCACGACACAAUACGAAAGAGAAAGAAGGAAAUCUGGAUUAUGGAUCCAGCCACAGACCAGUACUACAAAUGGCUGACCGUCAUCGCAGGCCCAGUAUUUUAUAACCUGAUGAUAAUCGUAACAAGAGCCUGUUUUAAUGAACUCCAGGACUCGUAUACAAAGCUCUGGAUAGUCUUGGACUACACCUCAGACAUCAUCUACUACGCAGACUCUUUCGUCAGAUCGAGAACAGGUUACCUGGAACAAGGCCUGCUGGUCAAAGAUAAGGGAAAACUGAUAGCCAAAUACAGAACAACAUCUCAGUUCAAAUACGACAUGAUUUCAAUGAUACCCACUGAUCUGCUGUUUCUGAAAUUCGGAUUUAACAACCCAGAGUUCAGGAUGAACCGUCUUUGCAAAAUCUCAAGGCUUUUUGAGUUCUUUGAGCGGACUGAAACCAGAACCAGCUUCCCGAACAUGUUUCGUAUCAGCAAUCUCGUACUUUAUAUCCUCAUUAUUAUCCACUGGAAUGCUUGUCUGUUCUUUGCCAUUUCGAAAACUAUUGGUUUUGGCUCUGACACAUGGGUAUAUCCCAAUAUCAGCCACCCGGAGUAUGGACGCUUGAGCAGAAAGUACAUCUACUCCCUGUACUGGUCCACACUGACCCUCACCACUAUUGGAGAGACCCCUCCGCCAGUUAAGGAUGUCGAAUACCUCUUUGUCAUUGCCGACUUCCUUACCGGUGUGCUGAUCUUUGCUAGUAUUGUCGGUAACGUCGGUGCCAUGAUCUCCAACAUGAACGCCUCUCGUGCUGAGUUCCAGGCCAAGAUCGACUCCAUAAAGCAGUACAUGCAGUUCCGAAAAGUCACCAAAGACCUGGAGGCCAGGGUCAUCAAGUGGUUUGACUACCUGUGGACUGAGAAGAAGACCUGCGAUGAGAAAGAAGUUUUGAAGAACCUCCCAGACAAACUCAAGGCUGAGAUCGCCAUCAACGUCCAUUUGGACACGCUGAAAAAAGUUCGAAUUUUCCAGGAUUGCGAAGCCGGUCUGCUGAUUGAGUUGGUGCUCAAGCUGCAGCCACAAGUGUUCAGUCCUGGAGAUUACAUCUGUAAGAAGGGGGAUAUUGGUAGGGAGAUGUACAUCAUCAAGGAGGGGAAGCUAGCUGUGGUGGCCGAUGAUGGAGUCACUCAGUUCGUAGUGCUCAGCGAUGGCGCAUACUUUGGGGAAAUCAGUAUUUUGGGUAUCAAGGGCAGUAAAGCAGGAAACAGGAGAACAGCCAAUAUCAGAAGCGUAGGCUACUCGGAUCUCUUUGCCCUGUCCAAAGACGACUUGAUGGAGGCUCUCACUGAGUACCCAGAAGCCAAAAAAGCUCUGGAGGAGAAGGGGAAAGCCAUCUUGAUGAAAGACAACCUGAUCGAUGAGGCGGUCGCCAACGCCGGAGCGGACCCCAAAGACCUGGACGAGAAGAUCGAGAAACUGCAGAACAACCUCGAAUCCAUGCAGGUCAAAUACGCCCAGCUGAUGGCGGAGUUCACCUCCAGCCAGACGAGGAUGAAGCAGAGGGUCACUGAGAUGGAGACCAAAGUGAAAGCCAUGCGACCCGAGGACCUUUCAGAGGUGGUGGCCGACAAAGACAAAAAAGUCCAGUAA